GUCACUAUCAUAUGACAAAGGCUUUGCUGCAGUUCAUCGCCUCCCGUGCCAUUUGUCUUCCUGAAAGCCUGCUGCAUCACAGAAGCUGGAAGUUCUGAUGUUCCGUUGCAAGCACAAUGGACAGUCUUGACUUGACUGGCAUCCUCAGGAAGACCCCCAGCCUCUAGCGGUACCUGGUAUCAUCUCCAGCAUGUUUGUAGAUGUGGAGGAUUCACUGGGAUAUUGAGACAUACCAGAGGCGAAUUGUUCUGCGGUAGUCACAGUAAUGAAAGGCAGUACUAGGAGUAAAGAGCGUUCAGCAGAAGGGGAAGAGUCUGGAAAGCGACCCAAGCGCAAGUGUCUUCAGUGGCAUCCAUUGCUAGCAAAGAAGCUUCUUGAUUUUUCAGAGGAGGAGGAAGACGAAGACGAAGAGGAGGAUAUUGAUAAGGUUCAACUUCUCGGGGCCGAUGGCCUAGAACAAGAUGUUGGUGAGGCUGAAGACGCUGAAUCACCAGAACAGCGAGCCCGGAGACCAAUGAAUGCAUUCCUCUUGUUCUGCAAGCGCCACCGCUCCCUCGUACGGCAGGAACACCCCAGGCUCGAUAACCGAGGUGCUACGAAGAUACUAGCUGAUUGGUGGGCUGUUCUUGAUCCAAAGGAAAAGCAGAAAUACACAGACAUGGCCAAGGAGUAUAAAGAUGCAUUCAUGAAAGCAAACCCUGGGUACAAGUGGUGUCCAACGACAAACAAGCCUGUGAAAUCCCCAACGUCCACUGUCAAUCCACGCAAGAAGCUCUGGGCCUGCCCAUCUGAGCCAUCGAGAGACCUGCCAAGCCCCAAGAAAGCCAAGACUGAAGCCAUGCCUCAACUUAACUUUGGAAUGGCUGAUCCUACGCAAAUGGGAGGCCUAAGCAUGCUGCUUUUAGCUGGAGAACAUGCUCUUAGCACACCAGAGGCAUCCUCAGGAACUUGCAGGUCUGAUGUUCCAGAAUCCCCGGAUUCUCGUCAGAAGUCUCCAUUGUUUCAGUUUGCUGAGAUAUCUUCAAGUACGUCCCACUCAGACGCACCCCCAAAACAGUGUGAAGCAUCAGCUUUGUUUCAGUUUGCGGAGAUUUCUUCAAACACUUCGCAGUUGGGUGGUGCUGAGCCUGUAAAACGCUGUGGAAAAUCUGCACUCUUUCAGUUGGCAGAGAUGUGUCUGGCAUCAGAGGGACUGAAAGUAGAAGAAUCAAAGCUACCCAGAGCAAAAGAACCUGGUUGUGGAAGAAUUAGAGAACUGGAAAGGGGAAAAGAAGAAAGAGAAAUAAAAAUGGAGAAAAGAGAGGAUGCCAACUUGCAGAAGGAAGCAGAAUUUGAAAAAUCCACCAAAGACAAUGUCAGAGAUCCAAAGGACGUAAGAAAUGUUGAGGUGCUGCAAGUGGAUGACAUGAAAUCUAUAAAAAUAGAAGACCCCAAAGAAAUAAAAAAGGAAGAAUUCGAGGAAGAUCAAAAGAGUGGUCUUUUCCCUGAUUUUUCGUACUCGGCCAGUAGCAAGAUCAUCAUAAGUGAUGUUCCUCCUCGAAAGGGUCACGUGUACCAUCCUCAUGGAAUCAUGAUCAUUGAUGACCCCACAGCAUUAAAUAAACCCGAAAAGCUAAAGAAGAAGAAGAAGAAAAGCAAAAUGGAUCGACAUGGAAACGACAAGUCCACACCCAAGAAGACCUGCAAAAAGAGGCAGUCCUCCGAGUCCGACAUUGAGAGUGUCAUAUACACCAUUGAAGCUGUAGCAAAGGGAGACUGGGGCAUUGAGAAGCUUGGAGAAGCCCCUCGCAAGAAGGUCCGCCCAUCCUCAAGUGGCAAGGGGAGCCUUUUGGAUGCCAAGCCACCAAAGAAAAAAGUGAAGUCAAGAGAAAAGAAAAUGUCAAAGGAGAAAUUCUCAGACACUACCAAAGAGUCAAGACCUCCAGAUUUCAUUAGUCUUUCUGCCAGCAAGAACACUCCUGGUGAGGUGCCAGAGGGUUUAAAAGCAGAGCCAUUGACCCCCACGGAGGAUGCACUACCACCCAGCCUAUCAGGGCAGGCCAAGCCCGAGGACAGUGAUUGUCACAGAAAAAUAGAGGCGUGUGGCUCCCGAAAAUCCGAGAGGUCUUGCAAAGGUGCUCUGUACAAAACCCUGGUGUCUGAGGGCAUGCUCACCUCUCUGCGAGCCAAUGUUGACAGAGGGAAACGAAGCUCAGGAAAAGGUAAUUCCUCUGAUCAUGAAGGGUGUUGGAAUGAUGAGAGCUGGACGUUUAACCAGAGUGGGACCAGUGGGAGCAAAAAGUUCAAGAAGACCAAGACAAAGGAAGAGUCUCUCCUUGGCUCGACAAAGCUGGAUGAAGAAUUUGAAAGAAAGUUCAACAGCCUCCCUCAAUACAGUCCUGUUACAUUUGACCGGAAAUAUGUACCUGUCCCAAGAAAAAAGAAGAGGACUGGCAGCUUGUCCUCAGAACUGACUAAAACCAGCAAAGGUCCAUUCCAGUCUCAGAAAAAGAACUUAUUCCACAAAAUUGUCAGCAAAUAUAAGCACAAAAAGGAGAAACCUAAUGAUCCAGAAAAAGGAAGUGGGGAUAAAUGGUCCAACAGGCAACUCUUCUUGGAUGCCAUUCACCCUACAGAAGCCAUAUUUUCAGAAGACAAAAACACCACAGAGCCUGCUUAUAAGGUUAAAAAUGCCACCCCAUCCAUUUCCAACACUUCUGAGCCCACAGCAAUGCAAGAACCUCUGGUGGGCAGCCAGAAGAGAAAAGCAAGGAAAACCAAGAUCACACAUCUUGUGAGGACAGCGGAUGGCCGGGUGUCCCCAGCAGGAGGUACUUUGGAUGACAAACCGAAGGAACACCUGCCCAGGAGUCUCCUGAAAGCAGCAGAGCCGGACUGCAAUGAAGAAUGCGCACACCACGGCGGCGCCGAGGCGGCCGAGACGCGCAGCAGCACCCCAGACAUGCCCGCUGUGUCUGCUUUCUUCAGCCUCACGGCGCUGGCGGAGGUCGCCGCCAUGGAAAAUGUGCACAGAGGUCAGAGGGCAACUCCGCUCACCCAUGACGGACAGCCAAACGAAAUGCCGCAGGCACCUGUACUGAUUUCCUGCGCUGACCAGUGACGCGCCCUUGACUUGUAAAACAUUGUGCUUUACCUACUACCCUAGCCUUGUCUUUACCGAGGGAUGCUAGCGAGUCCGUGUGGUGGGAAAUCUAGACUGCAAACAAGUGCUCGUUGCCCUACAUGGCCCAGCCUCACCUGAAGUAGAUGUUAGCAUCCUGGGCCAGAUGGUUUUUUUAUACCCAGACUCUUUGAGGGUGGUGUUACUUGUCUGAUAAUGCAGAAAUGGAAUGACCCUGGAGCUUUGCUUUCUAUUGAAGGCUUUUAACAGUAACGGGUAGUAACUUGGUAAAAGGCUGCCUUGACUGUAGCUCAUCUAGCAUCUCUUUUACCAACCAGAGAGUAUGAAACGAGUUUCAUAUAUUACCUAGUUAUUCUUUCAAAACAAAACAAAAAAACCCCUGACGCACUGCACUAGUUACUAUUAGAUAUUCUUAGUCUUUUUUGUACAUGGAGAUUUAAGUUCUAAGAUGGUUUAUAUAAUAGGUUAUACCUACAUUUAUAUUGUAGAAUAAAUAUGAAAAAGCCUGUCCCAGAGACUCCCAAGCAGCAUGGGCAGGCAGGUGUACCAUUGUUAGCGGUGUAUGCUCGGCCUCGUGGUCCAUAUAUUCUGCACUUUUAUAUUUGCCACCAGAGUGGUAGUUUGCUGGCAAAAAGAGAGAGAGAGAGAGAGCGCGAGAGAGUGAGAGAGAGUGUAAAUUUACAAUUCUUACUUACAUGCUGACUUGUUCUUAGCCUUGAGUGACCAAUAAGAAUUUGCUUGGGGCAAAUUGUGGCAGAUAUUUUUCCCCCACACGGGGGAAGAGUCCUGCAGAUGUCUGAUGACUGAGGUGUCUGUGCCCUGAGGAUUCUUUCAUUUUGACACCGGGGUCGGAGUGACCACUGGAUUGUUCAUACAGACAAACAAAGACAAAAAUAUUACUCAGAAGUGACCUUAGUAUUACUUCACUAUUCUGAACGCAUCGAAACAUUCACUUCAUGUGGACUUAGCGAUACAGACCAUCCAUCACCGCCAGACUGGACGGGUUGCAAUUGCUAUGCACAGCCUAAUAGGCACUGCAGGUAGGAGAGAGCCUUUUCAAGUUUGACUUGACCAGGAGGUACAUGAUUCGGAAGACAUGCCUGCCCAGAGUGGGACUCCCAGUCCUAGUUGCACCUGCAAGAUUCUGUUUCCUUUCUUUAGUUUGUUGCUUUUGAACAUAAAACCAACCCGUGCAUAUGCCAGUGCCAAGUGGAUUAACUGGCUUAGAACAUUCAACACAUUGACUUAACCACCUGACGUUCGCAGUGUCUUGUCUCCUAGCAACAGAUGCAAAGUGAUGCAUCAAAAUUAGUCUGAGGCUUCAGAUUUUACAGGGUAUUUGUUCCAUAGCACAAGUAUUUCCCCACUCUUGCAUCACAGCACAAGCUACCAAAUUCUAAUGAUUGGAUUCCAGCAAUAAUUUUUAUCGGUUUUCAAACUGGUGGAAUUUUGCUAGUGUUCGUCUGAGUUUGAAGCUUUUGAAUUAGAUCUCUAAAUGGUGACAGUUUACAUGGUUUUAUCUAGCUUUCUUAUUUAUACUUGACUGAAUUAUAAUGAUUAUUUCUUUUCUAAUCGUAAUUUGACCUAAUAGCCAUACAAAAAAAAAAUAGAGACUAUUAAUACUGACUAGGCUUAGAUCUUCAUGGUAGAUAUCGCUUCAGUUUGGGUGAUGGGAAAUAUAUACAACUAACAGGAUUGGGGGGGGGGGGAAUAGCAUUUUUUUCUUUUCUUCCCAAAGCAGGAAAAGAGGGCAGCCAAGUUUAGAGGGGUAUUCCCCCAAAUGCACAUUCAUUGUGGAGGUGGAGGGAGAAAGACAUUUGUACAGCGUGAAUGAGAGGUUGAAGCGCAGCCCCAUUCUCAUAAAAAAUAAUCAGAUGAGCAGCCCCAUCACAAGUUUUGAGCUCGAAAUUUUUGCUAUGAUGCUGUUUUCUUAAUCUUUUCUAAAUUUCCAAACAAACAAAAAAAGUGAACAUUUAAAAAUGGCUGGGUCCCAGUGUUGGUGGCUGUUGGAGUUUUUGGACCACUUGCUAACAGUGAUUUAAAAUUUGUAAUUAGCUAAAAUCCAAAAACAAGCAAACAAACAAAAAUUGUAUGGUGCAGAACAUGCACCUUGACAAUGGUACUAACUGCUAUUCUGUAGAACAUGUUAGAAUAGAUCUAUUUUUGCCAGAGCACCCUCCUCCAAUGACAUUUCACUAGAGUUCCUUAAGAGAUUGCUGUAUAUUCAUGGGACCUUUUUCUAAAAAAAAACAAAAAGCAAAAAAAAGACGAAGCAAACAGAAUAUUACUUUUUUCUAUGUGAUUAAUAUCUUACUUGAUCUGCUUUUCCUAAACCUCAGUGGCUUUUCCCUUAGGCAGGGGUGUGGGUGGGAGGGCAACCAACCGGAUAUGACUUUUCAGAUACUUAAGGGGGAAAAAAAUGAAGAGAAAAAAAAAACCAAACCUUUUUUGUAGAAAUGCUUAAUUUUUAAGCGGCUAGGCACUGAGAGUAGCAGAAAUCCUGCAAAGCUUUAUAGUUCUUUAGACACUCGCCUUGUUGUUUCUGAGUGAAGUCUUGAUUUCAAUAAUAGUGCUUCUCACACCCUGACUCUGCUGGAGCAGGGUGUUGGUAUUUUCAGGUAACAAAAUUUGUUAGCACAAAGAUUUCAGACCAACAUGUAGUGCCCCCCCCACCCACCAUUUAUCAUUGUCAUUUCAUCUCUCUUUUUUUUUUUCUAUUUUGGAAUAUCAUAAUGCUAUGGUGUGAACUUUAACCUGCCAAUAAACACCAUCUACACUAACAUGUGUCCCAUAAGCAUCCUCAAGAGAAAAUUUAAAAAUUGUUGCACCUUAUGUAUAUCUCAAGCAAACCAAAAUAUGCUCUUCUGCUUUGUUUUAUUCUAAAUUGUUGUAUCAUAUCUUUCUGAAAUCCAUUCUGAACUUAUUUGAAAUGAUCAAUAUUUAUGCUUUGAACCUUAAUUUUUGGACUCAAGCCUGUAUAUAAAUCUUUUUUGAGGAGGGGAGGUGGAAAUUGUCCUAGCCCUUCUCUGUGAGACUGGAAGUAGACAAUUUAGUCUCAGGUGGAGACACAGAGCUAUUCCAGUUUCCUUUAGCAUUUUAUUUAUUUAGUUGUUCUCAGUACUUCUUCUGUAAUUUUGAAGUGUGUAGAGUAUAUUAUAGUAACUAAAGUUUCAGCUCCAAGAAGCUGAAUGAGAGAAAAAUUACUGUCCGGGGUCCUUUAAGUUUUUAUUUGCUCGGUUAUUGUACAGGAGGUUGAGAAAAGAGGAGAAUUGUCCCACUGCCACAUUGGAAAAUACAGGUUCUUGUCACCAAAUUAGGUUUGCUUUUUUUGGUUGUUGUUUGUUUUUGGUUUUUUGUUGUACAGAUUUCAGAUCAAAACUGUUAACUUCAUCAAAACCUGUUUUGAAGGUUAAAUCCUAACUGUUGUAAUCCUGACAGUCUUUUCCCUACAAAUUUCUCUCAAUGGGGAAGGACUUUUAUUUAAAUCUGCCCCGUAAGCUUUCUAUCAAUGCCAUGUCCCAAAGCCAUGCUGAUGCCGCUACCAAGUCAUGGCUGGUGUUCUUGCUACCCGUGUACCAUGGUGGGGGGGUGGGGCGAGGGGAGUGAUGGAACACCUGGACCGCCCUGCUGUUUCUAAUCUGAACACGUUCACUCCCCGUCACUUCCUCCUUAGGUCAGAUGUUACUCUGACUGAGUUCUAAGAUUUCCUUUGCUCUCCACAGUCUUCGACUCAAAAGUAUGGAAAUGUUUGCACCUCGCGAGACCUUAAAGCAAAUUACAAAUUGCUACAGGCAUUGCCACCCUGAGAACAGAACACCCUGGUUUUGCUCCUGGGGAGGGGGAAGGAGGGAUUCUUGAGUAGCUGUACUGCAAGUUUGGCAUGAAUGUGAAGCAGUUGGGACCAUGCUGCGUGUUAAACUACUGUAUGAAUCCAAAGUGUUGUGAAGACCAGCAGUGUGAGGCUGGAGGCCGCCUCAGUGCAGCAGCAGCGGAGACGCCGAGCUCGGAAGAAGGAGCCCCUGGGGACCUGGAGUCCGCACACGUGGAGGGGAGAUGUUGGGGUGUACACGAUGCUGUUGAGGAGGUUCCCCUUUAAGGGCACUGCUCCACAGAGCCCGCAGAUAAGGCCAAUUCUAAUGGGCUACCUCGGCUUUAAAACGAAUUUCAGUAAAUCCUGUUUGAAAGGUUUGUCUUUUAGUUUUUUGCUUCGACCUUCAGUGCCACUCUUUUCCACAGUGUUUUGACUUCAUGAGCCACCUUCUCCAGGGAGAACAAUGUAUUGUUGAAAACACGGGCAGAAGCAAAUGCUGUCAUUGUAUUUGACCUAUAUAGUAUUCAGAGUGACCGCUAGGUGGAAAUUAAAAUUUAGCUCCCCUCCCAGAGGACCUUGUUUUGCACUUUAUAAAGAGUGUACUGAUUUGUUAAGUAGAUGUUUUCUUUCAUUACACAAUCAUUCCCAAAGAAUUGGAUUUGGAUUGUUUUUAUAUAUGAGUUUGGGUUUGUUGUUUGUUUGUUUGUUUUGGGGGGUGAGGAGGAUAGCUUAGUGAGACUGACUUACAUCAUGCUUACCAAAAAAAAAAGGUCAGUUCAUCUUCCCCAAUAUGUCUGGUGAAGUGUGCAGGGGUUGGCAGUUUUGCUUUGGUUUGGAAGAGAGCGAAGUUAUGCUCUGUAUUGAAUGCCUGUCCUUUUCUCUGAGGACAGUCCUUGUAAUUUCAGAAGAGUGAAUAACCAGGCAACUACAUUUGACUCCCGUCAGACUGCCGUACUUGUUUGUGCUACCCUUUCCAUAAAUACACAUUUUGGUUACAUUAAAAAAAAGUGUUUUCUGGCCACAUUUUGUUUUGUGAGCAGAAACCUUGUACCUAAAACCUCUAUAACCACCCCUUUUCUUGAUCCUGCCCUCCAAUUGAUAUUUAUGCACAAAACUAGUUCUUGUGAACGUUACUGCUCCUUCCAAAGCCUUCCCCAUCCUCACUUGGGCCAGAACUGGUUACUGAGCAAAGAGGACCUGACACAAUGCCUCUGAGCCCUCCCACUCGCAAUGCGAAUCUUACCUCACUAGCUCUCACCUAAGUCACUCCGCACAUAGGUUUCCGUGCCCCCAGCCCUGGGAGGCGGGAGUCCGCUGACAGUCGGUGCCCUAGCCAGGCUCUCUGAGCAGCAGACCUGAGGGCAGGGAAUGCACAGUCGAGCCCGGCCGCACGCCCUUCACAUGGUCAGCAUUUUUCUAAUUUCAUUAGCACUAAACAAGCCUCUUGAGCUCAGGAAUUUGUCACACACAAAAAGAGAACAAGUGAGACCCACCUGAGAUCCCACAUAGCAGACAGAUGAUGAACUUUCCGUGCAGGUUGGGAUGCGUGCUGAACACGACAGCGUCAUCUGGCCGCCAGGUCUUACGUCUGUCAACCCUUGCAGCAUGAUGGAGUCACUCCUUUGCUGUUUUUCCUUUCUUUUGCUUUUGGGAAUUGGCUUGGUUCUCUUUAGAGUUGGUGUAAACAUGCCCUGUAAUAAAUGAUUUCCACUUAAUGGUACAACAGAAUUAUUGCUUUCUUAGAUGUAUAUGUAGUAAAAGUCAAUAUACACAUUUAUAUAAUUUCUUCACAAUCUUAUACCUAAUUUGAUAUUCCUAAAAAUUGCACAUGUAAUUCAUGUGUAUAACAUGCUAAAGUACUUUAACUGUGAUCAUAAAACUGAAUAAAAAUAUUUAAUAAAAAUUUGAAAUAUUUUAAAGA